CAGUCUUAAUCAAACUCAACUUUUAAAAAGCAAAAAAAUUGCAAAUUAUAAAAUUAUAAAUUUUUUGAUAAGUAUAAUUUCAUAAUUAAAAACCAAUUAAUAAAUAGAUUGAAAAAAUUUUUUUUUUCAAUUUUUAUAAAUACAUCUGAAAGGAAAUAAAUAACACAAGGCCUACUUACUGCCUUCUCUGCUUUAAAAUUCUACUUAAACUUUUCAUUUCAAACAAAUUUUUAUUGCUAACUUUAGAUGGAUAUUAUAAGCUCUGAUAAUAACUAAUAUUUUUGCGAGACUUGUUAGAUGUACAUUUAAACUUCUUUACAGCCAAUACAUUCGACUUUUUGUCAAGGAGUUUCUCCAUAGGAUAUUAAUUUGUACAGUGAUAGCUAAGUAUACGAACUGAGCAGAAUGAUGUAAGAAUACAACUUAUUUGAUUACUAUUUAUCUUUGGACUUUAAAACCAACUCUACCAACUAGAGAUAUAUUUUCGAAGACUAUUUUCCUGAUGAUACCGAUUAAAUUGAUACUUAAUCUUAAACUCCUCCUAGCCUUCCAAAUCAAACUUAGCAAUAAUUUUCCAAUAAUUAAAGUUAGUUUUCAUAAUAGAAUAAUAGCUAGCAAUAAUUUUAGUAGCCAUAGAUUAAGGUAACAGGAGGAAAUUUUUAAGGAAAUCAAAACCAGGCUUAAACUUAAAGAUAGUUAUAGACUAAUUAAGAAUCAAACACUUCUAGAUAAAAUACAUAUUAAGCAUAAUAUAACAGAAAUAAUUCAAGUCAACUAUAAAGUUAGCAAGUCAAUGCUCCCUAAAGAUUAUGUUAAGCAAUACAAGGUUAAUAUAAAACUCCUGUAGUUAGUUAAAAUAGUUGCUAGAAGUAAGGCAAUUAGACUAAUUAUUUGAGUGGAAAUCCUUGUAAUUUAACUAAACAACAAACAUAAAAUUAGAACUACGAAGAUAAUUUUGAUGACACGUACUAAUGUCAUUAAUGCUAUGACUAUGUUAAAAUUUCCGAUUACUCAACUCAUUAAGCAGAAUGCAGAAAUUAAUAUAUAAAGUGCAAAUAUUGCAAUUCUUUCUAUCCAUUUAGCUUGAUAAAUUAGCAUGUUUUGUUUUGUCAGAAAUAAAAUAAUCAAAUGCAAUAAUAAUAAUCAUCUUCGAUUAGAUCUCAGAAAAAAUUAAAUAAUUAAAACACUUAGACAAAAAAUAACGGUUAUGAUACUGAUGAUUUUGAAGACAAUAGAGACAUUGAUGAGCAUAAUAGUGCUGACUACAAUAACAGUGUUUAUGAAAAUUUAAGCCUGUAUGGAACUUCAUAAUUUAACAUGGAGGAAAGGAGUUUAGCUAACAGGCAAAGGUAAUAUUAAUAAUCAAGUUCUAAUCUUUAAACUCAGCAAUCAACACUCUCUAACUUUAACAAUUAGAGCAACAUAGCAACAGAAAAUAACUAAAAUUAAAAUUAAAAUCCAAAUGAUUGGACAUAACUAUCACCUGAUUAUUUUAACAGAGCUUUAAAUGUUAUAUUCCCAUCCUUUUUGGGAGACUAAGAUGAUUUUAGGAGAUAAUAAAAUGAAUAAUUCCGUAAUAACUUAAUUACUCGCUUAAUCAAUAUCUCGAGAUUUGGAAUAAACGGUGAUAACUGCAGAGGUUUAACAUCUAAUCAGAAGAAUAAAUUUAUAAAAGUCAACUACAAACAAAAGCAGUAAUCUGAGUAUAAAACAUGUUCAAUCUGUAUGUGUGACUACGAAGAAGAUGAAGAGAUUAAUAUCUUAGAUUGUAUGCACAGGUAUCAUGUAGAAUGUAUUUCUAAGUGGUUUUAAUCAAGAACAACUUGCCCAGUUUGCAAAAGAGAUAUGAGUGACUAUUUGCUUUGA